UAAUAUUGCCAAAAGAAAGAGGGAAGGAUUAUGAAAGGAUAUGCAUGGACUGAGAAUAAAAUUUGUUUGGAAACUACCAGAAAUAGAAAUUGUGAAACCCAUUGAGAAGGUGGGAGAGAGCAUCUCCUAUUCUCCCAAAAACAAGAUUUGCUGAAAAGAAGGAAGCAGUUGCUCGAUAUUAAAUUGCAAUUGCAGAAGGAUAUUCACACUACCCAACCAAUCAACUUUGGUAGCAAGUAUGGGGCACUGUCUGAAGCAAAGGCUUUAUCAAUUGCAGAUGGAUUGCAUCACAGAUUUUCAGAUGUACGGUUUCUUGAACGAUUGGAGUGCCACAUGCUAUGUGGUUUGAAGGUUGUGGAUUACAAUAAGUCUAAACUGGUAGUGCAGUUCAGACCGUCUUAUCUGGAGAAGAUUCUUCCAGAGGUCUAUGCUAUAUGUCUUUUGGCAGGAAGUAAUGGUCAUUCUGUUGAGAAGUAUUAUCUACCACACUCGGUACAAAUGAGAACAAUGGUACAACGAUGGUCUCCUCUCAAACAGGACAAUUUGAAAAACUUUUUGCUAGAUAUAAAACAGCAGAUAAAUGCUUUCCAUCAUCGGCAGAACCAGGUACUGGAACUCAAGGAAUGGGCCAACAGUCAAAAUAUAACACUAAAAGUAUUCCAUCCAUUCUCAUUAAAUUAUAUUGUAAUCACUGCAAGAAUGGAUGACAUUCUGAAAAUAACGAAUUGUGGAUCAGUGAAUCUGGUAAUCCAUUAUGAUUCAGAUUGUUACCUACCAACAACAGUUGAUAUUGAGAGCAGUGAAAUGGAGGAGGAAGAAUUAGCUGUUGCAAAGGAACAGUUUACAGGAUUCAAAUUAUAUUAUUUGAGAGAAGCUUUUGAAAUAUGCUGUAUUAAAACCGAAAGAUUUUCAUUGUCUACAAAGGUAGAUGUACCAAAUGAAAACUUGAAUGAAGAGGUUAAUGAUAGCAUCUCAAUAUCAGAGGAUGUGAGCAGCGAUGCUGUCCCUGAACAAGUGAACAGCGAAAAUAGAUUGUUGCCAAUUGUGGAAGAAGCAAGAAAGUCCAAAUCAGAAUUGUCAGCAAAAGGAAAAAGAAACAGAAAAGGACAUAAUAGCUCAGCAUCAUCUGAAGAAAGUAUUGCGGAAAGGAGCAUGACUGAUGCACCUGAAAUGAUGGAGACAAGAAAGUCCAAAUUAAAAUCUUUGCCAAAAGGAAGAAGAAAAAAGAAUAAACAUACAAGCACAUCCUUAGCUGAGGAUGAUGAUAUUGCAGAAAUGAGCAUAAGUGAUACCUCUGAAAAGAUUGCUGAGUUUCAGUUACAGUUGGAAACCAAAAGGAGUUUAGCCUCAGUCCUACAGAAAGCAAAAAAAUCAAAGCCUAAAUCUUCUACCAAAGGAACAAGGAAAACGAAAAGCCCACAUAACCAUGCCACAAACCAAGUAACAAAAGAAAUCUGUGCACCUGACCAAACAAAUAAAAUUACACGUUACAUUUUAAGAAGUAGGAGAUAAUAAGUCAAUGAUGCUGUGUGUGUGUAUGUAUGUAUGUAUGUAUAAAAACCAUUUGGAAAGCACUAUGUAAUAUAGAUGUCUGUAAAGCUGUGUUGCAUGAAGUAAUAAUCUGUUACUACCCUUUUCUCUCUCUCUCUCUCUCUCUCUCUCUCUCUCUCUCUCUGUGUGUGUGUGUUUGUAAAACUUACAAAUGAUAAAAGUGAUAAAAUAUAGGUUGUCAGUUAAAAAAAUUAAUUUAAACCUUGAUGAUUUAUGAUUUUGUAAUUUUUUGUCAUUUAAUGCUACCUAUCAAAAUAAGGUAACUUGAAAUAUUUAAGACUGUUGGACUUUUCAUUUUAGAGUUUUUUAAUCUCCAAAAUUGUGUGAUUUUUGACAAAUUUUGAAACCACAGAUUGGCCAUAUCUCCAACACUAUUUGACUUGCAGACCUUCUAGUUUCUUAUAAGGUUUAGAAAUAUGUGUUACUUGACAGUACUCAUAAGUGUACUAAAUUUUCCCAAACCAAUUUUUUUUUUAAUUUGAAAAUAUUUUAAUAACACAUUUUUUGUGCUGAAAAAAUUUUCUGUUGUAUACUAUUUACACCAAAUUACAUGACGGUAUUCCAAUGGGAAAAAUGGUGAAAUAAAUUUUAUUUGAUUGCAGUUU